AUGCAGAGGCUUCCUUUGCAGUUCGGGAGAAGAGAUAUGAGUGGUGGAUCAAACAACUUUGCUUUCAGCAAGAUUUUCAUCCAUAGAUAUCAAGUCAGGUCAUACAAGAGAAUCAUUGGAAACGGUAAUUUUAGGUUUUGUGAGGAUAUUGCUCCGACAUCAUUUAGUUUUGUAAAGAUUGAAAAACUAACUGAUGGUUUUAAGGAAGAGAUUGGCAGAGGAUCUUUAGGUAUAGUCUAUAAAGGGAUUAUGAUGAAUUGUAAAAAGUUUGUAGGUGUCAAGAAAUUAGAAAAGGUUUUAGUUGAAGGGGAAAACAAGUUUCUAACUGAGAUUAAAGUUAUUGGGAAAACCUAUCACAAGAAUCUAGUUCGUUUGCUCGGUUAUUUCACUGAUGGAUCCAAUAAGGUGUUGGUAUACGAAUACAUGAGCAAUGGUUCUCUUGUUGAUAUACUCUUCAAACUUGAGAACAAUCCAACUUGGAUGGAAAGAAUGAACAUUGCUCAUGAUAUAGCUAAAAGAAUUUUCUAUCUGCAUGAUGAGUGUGAGACACAUAUCAUCUACUAUGAUAUAAAACCUCAAAACAUACUUAUGGAUAGGAAUAGGUGCUCAAAAAUUGCUGAUUUUGUAUUGACAAAGUUGUUGAAGCCAGACGAAACUAACACUUUCACUGGAAUCAGAGGAACAAGAGGGUAUGUUGCACCAGAAUGA